CUGCCAGUGUCAUUGAGAAUCAUGGCGACCAUGUCAAUCACCAGCAGAUCCCCAAUACUAACCUCCAUCACCACACGCGCCACUUGCCUCCAUUCCGCUCUGAAGUCUCUCUGCUCGCAGGCACAAACACAAUCACGUACAUUCUCCACCACUCGGCCGACAUGGAAUUGGCUGGCGCCCAAAGCCGGUGAAUCGACAAAGUCCCGCAAAGGCCGAUGCAAAGUUCCGACCGGUGGCAGUGUGAAGGGGACAACACUCGUCUGGGGAGACUACGGCAUUCGAUUGAAGGACCAUGAUCGACGCAUCAGUGCGUCUCAGCUGAAAAUUGCCGAUGAGACGAUCAAAAAGCGCCUGCGUGGCAUGAAAUACCGACUAUACCACCGUGUGGCAGCGAAUAUCGGAGUCUACACCAGCGGGAACGAUCAGCGAAUGGGAAAGGGAAAGGGUUCAUUCGACUACUGGGCAGUACGCAUGCCUGUGAGCAGGAUCUUGUUCGAGUUGAAGGGAGAUAUUCACGAGCAAGUGGUGCGGGAUGCGAUGCGUCUUGCAGGCAACAAGCUCCCUGGCAUGUACGAAUUCGUCAAGAGAGGAGAUCCACCUGUCAUGGGAAUUACGAAAUUGACAAAUGGUGUAACGGAGGAAAUGCUGCGGAGACCGCGUCAGCCUAUACCCGCACCGAGUCUGGACUCGACCGCGAACAGAAUGCCAUCCACGACGCCUUGA